AUUGGAGACCACCUUCCAUUAAAGAUAGUAGAAGAUAACGGCAAUGACAACACAGACAAAAUGACCGUCACUCAAAAUAGACCAGUAAAUAAAAGUAAUGAACGUACAGACGAAAUAACUGUUGCUCAAAGCGGAUCACAAAACAACAGCAAGGAAUAUGUAGACGAAAUAAUUGAUACCCAAAACAGGCCAGAAAAUAACAGUAAUGAACAUAGAGACAAAAUAACCAUUACUCAAAGCGGACCACAAAAUACCAGUAAUGAACAUUUAGACAAUAUGACCGUUACUCGCAAAGCAGACGACACUGUUGACGGGUUUUCCCGCCACUUAGAGGUGACGACAGAACAAACAACACCCAUCACGGACUCGCCGCCACCGCCACCCCACGUCCAACAAGACUCCGCCGACGUGUCACGGCGGCCCGACAAAUCGUCCCCAGUGACCGACCCCAUUCAAACGGUGUCAAAGCCAGGGCUCAAGAGAUCAGUGGGUACGAGCUCUCUGUUUCGCUGGCAGACGGUCAAGCAGAAAUUGCUUCGGAAGGCGGAAGAUUUGAAAAGAGCGGAGAACAAGAGCAAAGUCUCCAGUUUAGUAAACAUCAAGGAGGCCGUGGAAGAUUACCGAGAGAAAGUGGGAAAACUCGGCAGCAAAGUCGAGCAAACGAGAGACACAGAAAGAUGUAUUGACAACAAGCGAGUCGCCGAAAUCAAAACAAACCUCACGCGAAAGUUGAACGCCGCGGAACCCGUUGUCGAAGUCGUGUCCCCAACCCAGCAACGUCGCCGCAAGUAUCAGUGGAAGUGCAAGGACGGCGGGAUAUGGAAAAAAGUAUACGAUGAUGAAGACGACGACGAUGAUGAUGAUGAUGACACCACCAAGGAUGGAUGCAAAGAAGAGUGUAUUCGUGAUGUGGGAGAGAAAGAAGGAGGUGAGAUGGAGAUAGGCAAUGGAGGGCGAGAUCAAAGGCGGGAGACUAAACCGGAAGAGGUCGUCUUAGCAGCCGACAGAUGUUUAGAAGAGGAAGCGAUGACCGCGGGUCAUAAAGAAAAUAAUGACCAUGACGGACACAAUGGGCCUGGCCAGUCCCAGCCAGUCGGUCAAGGAGAAACUCACAACGGUACUACCGACCGUAUUACCCCAUCUGGAGAUACCAGUGUUACAUGGGACGAACAGAUAUUUGAAACUGUAGAAGAAUGUGUCCUCUUCAAAAUAGAUUCCUGGUCGAGAAAUACGGAGAUGAGCUCAGUGAUUCAGUCUCAGUGUAAACUUGUAGAUGAACGUGCUUUUAAUUUGACUGACGACCGUGUGUGUUUAGGAAGUGAAGACAGCGUGAAUCAAAUACCCCAGCUUGAAGAUAUUCAGUUACGGACACAACAAAGUUCGGUGGAAAAGGAAAACAAUAUCGAAGUUGCUUUUGAAAACAUCGUGAAUAUAUCUAAUAUUGAAAAUGAAAAUAAAAUUUCUCAGAAUGAAGAUUCUAAUGGGCGUGGGAUGGAGCAUACAGAAACGGUAACAUGUUGUCAUGACAACUUUAUUCCAGAUAAUUCAUCUGACAAAACUGAAGACAUAACUGACAGCACAUUAUUAAACCGAAACCAGUUUCGCGAUUCGAGCAAUUUCGGUUACGACGCGCACAUGCGUGCUGAUUAUGAAAUGUUCAAGAGUGACUUGACGACAGAAGCCCAUCACGUGACGUACAGAACAGAUGACAGAUUCGAUGAAAUCUCUACCGGAAGCGAGAACAGCAGCGACAGCGCGUGGGCACACUCGGAACUGGUCGUUCACGAGGGAUUCAGUGCCGACGACAUCGUCGUUGACAACAACGACAUGCGCGAUGAUGAUUCGGCGGACAAGCAACCCGAAACGACAACUGAUACGGUUGUCUGUGAAAAACGAACAGAUGACAAAGUAGAUUUUCACGAGAGUCAUGAAAUUGAAAUUCCGCAUUUGAGCAACGAUGUUGUCGUUGUCGGUGUUAAUGUCCCCAGUGUGACAGAUGACGUAACACGAUGUGACACUUCUUAUGCGGAUGGUAGUAGUGUCAGUGACUACAAAGAUUGCGAUCUCGCGUUGCAGAAGGAUGAAAGCAACACAGAACUCGGCGGUUCACCGACAAGAACCACCGGUGUAUCGUUUGGCCGCGUUCCCGAUGGCACCAAUCUUAUCACGUCCGAUAAUAAAGCGAGUUUGGGGGAAAGCUCUGGGAAUGAACAGGAUCAGAUUUCGCUCUGCGUAGCACCCAUCGUCGAAACCGCCACGGUGACAAUUUCUGCCAUCCCGCGACCACAGGAGAGUGAUAAUGUUACAGAAGCUGUUCUGGGACUGUCAGGCGCUGAAAGACCACGUGACAAUGGGGCCACAGAGAUCGAGGUCGUCCACGUUGGUGCAAAGGGACCAAGAGACGGGGAACACCCGGUUUUCGGUUCCAGUAGCUCGGCGGUAAGUUGUCCAGUUGUGGAGGUCAGCGACAGUGUUGUGUGUGAUCUUAAUGAGCCGGGUGAUCCUGGCGAUUCUACAGCUGCUUGUGUUCAUACAGAGGACCUGGGUCACCGUGUCACGUUCUUCCUCGGAGAAGAUGAUGACCAAGCAGAGCGGGAAAAACUGAACCAAAUCAUUUCUGUUGAUCAAAGCGAUACUCCUACACAGGAAAAGGAUAACACAGUUACAAAAACUAAGCAAAACCUUCCCUCAUGGCACAAAGAUACUGCUUCAGCAAAAAGGGAUAUAUUCACUGCAAGAGGCAAGGAUACUGGGGUCAAGGUCACUUGCAUCCAAAGAAACAAGGAUACUAUCAGUCCAAGAGACAAGGAUACUUUAACCCAAAAGCACAAGUAUACUGUCACCAAGAGGCAUAAGGAUAUUGUCGUUGCAAAAGACACUGUCACCAUAGGGGUUAAGGAUACAAUUACCCCAGAGUUCAAGGAUACUGAUGGCACAAGGAGCAAGGAUAUUGUCACCAAGAUCAAGGAUACUGUUGUUACAAGGAGCAAGGAUACUGAUGUAACCAGACACAAGGAUACUUUCACUGUCAAGGAUAGUGCUAUCACAAGAAACAAGGAUACUGUCACCAAGAUCAAGGAUACUGUUAUUACAAGAGACAAGGAUACUGUCACCAAGAACAAGGAUACUGUUAUCACAAGAGGCAAGGAUAGUGUUAUCACAAGAGGCAAGGAUACUGACAACAAGAACAAGGAUGUUGUUACCAGGAGAAAGGAUACCGUUGCCCCAGGGUUGAAGGUCACUGCAUCCUGUGAUGAUGUCUGUGGUGAUGAAGAGAGUCUAGAUGUGGACAUGUCGGAUGACAGAUACUGCAGACGUGGACCAAGUCAACCACAGACUGCAGCAGAUGCUACAUCACGGUGGCAGGCUGAGGAUGGUUACUAUGGCAGAAAGGCAUUCUGGGAGAAGACAUCGGAUGAGUUACUGACGGAAAUCUCUGAAUUGGAAGAAAGCUAUGACAGUCUGAAUGAAACGUUAACCAAUCGGCAAGAAGACACAUCGUGCAGUCCCGCCAAAUCUGAGACAGGGAUUUCGACGCUGCCCCAUCGUAGCAACCGUCGCAAGAAGUAUGGCCGUCGCAGCUUGAGUCUUCCGACCGGGGCGCUGUCAUAUAGUGAUGUCAAGGUCACGUAUGUCGACGGCCAUUUUGUAGCGGGACCAACAUCACGAGACAGCACUUCAGAAUCCGUUGACGACGGUAAAUCGUGCAAGAGCAGUCUAUCGGCGGUGAGUCAGGAGUCUGUCUGCGAUGUGACCUUGACCUCUGAACGGGCGAUGCGAGAGGAAAUUCUCUCAUUAAUAGACCGGCAUCUCCUCGACAAUGAUUUAUUUUUAGAGAAUUCUCUCGACUGGAAUUGUGGUGGACUCUCAGACUCUGCGUCGAGCAAUUCUAGUCAGAAGAUACUCGUACCAGCAUCUUCCACAUUACCACGACGAACCGGGCGUGACGGGGAUGGGCAGCGACCCGUGUCUGUGAAUGAGGUCAGUUUGUGGAAGACUUCGCUAGGCAGUGGUGGUGGUGGCAGUGUUGAAAACGGAGAUGUCGAUUCGCGUCUGCAGAGGAACGACAGUUUUAAAACCGCACACGAGGACCGGAAUCUGUUACACGGGUCGCACUCCAGUCUAAGCAGCAGUCGAUUGUCUGUCUACGAGGACGGACGGACGGACAAACCGAGAUCCAAGAGUCCAAACUUCUUCAAGAGAAUGCUGUCGAAGCGGAAAUCAUUUUCGGAGAAGACCCAGUGUAAAUCAAAGAACGACGAUGCUGUUGGUGGUAAGGAAUCUUCCUCCUCAUCAUCAUCUUCUGGUACCAAAAGGAUGUCUCUGAGAUCGUUAUUCAGAAGAAAAGGAUCAAGUCACAGCAUUAAAACAAGCUAUGACGAUGAACCGGAGAGUCCUCCCAUUGCGGCGUUUCUAAACGACGAGGAUAUCGGGUCAAUCCGGUCUGUCCCUAACUCUCCUUACAUCUCGCACAUACACCGCAACGCAACCGACACUCAGCUGUCCUACGAUCAGCGACACAUUUCGACAGAUUCUCAAAUUAGCCUCCAGAGUAGGAGAAGGAAGGACUCGGACGAUCACUCAACCGUGAAUAAUAAUACUAAUCUCUCAGUGGUUCACACUCUUCCGAGGUCAUCAUCAUCGUCGAUAUCAUCGUCGUCGCGACCCGACGUGCCUCGCAGACGGAAGAGCUCGGCGGGAUCAGGAAGACAUGUGGUGAUGAGUGCCGACCGGAGUUCGGGAGAAUUCAGUUACAACGAGUGGGACUUCAGUUCGGAUGACACACUGACGUCGCGGUCACUGUCACCACUGUCGACAUUUUCCAUGCUGAACAGCGAGCUGGAUACCACGCUGGUCGCAUCGCCAUCGUUGCCGGCAGCGUCAGCGUCAGGGGGGUCGGAGGCGAAUGGUCGUGUCCCCACGGAGUGGAGUAAUGUGUGCGCACAGGAUAUGCAGGUGGUGCAUUCUGGGAAGGUUCAGGGAGACAUCAGUGCUAGUAACAGUAAUGACAGUGGGAUUCAGCAUGAUGUUGUGUUACCCUCAAGUAUGGAAUCUCUCAAGGCAUCACCUGAUGCUAGCACGUCACUAACGACGAUCGUCAAACUUCGGAAGUCCCCGUCACCCAAACAAGAACGACCGAAGUCGGACAUCACAGUGCGGUGGGCGGACCUGCAGGGGGAGUUUCACGAACGGAAUGUCGCGUACCGGAGAGAGAGCGGCAGACUGCGGAGGAGACCGCGACCCAAAUCAGAUUUAGGUGGAAGCUCGUUGCUGUCAGAAACGAUGAAAGCGUUCGGUGGCAGCUCAGGAAACCUGCGACUCAGCGAGUCUUUACGGAGUCUGCGACUCUCCGACUCACUACACAGCAUCAUCGAGUCACGCCACCGGUGUCGUGAUGAUGGCAGUGGGACACAGUCCAAGCUCACCAAAACACGCAGGAUGUCAACUCCACACCCUAUAAAAUCACGAGCUCAGUCAUCAUCAAAUAGCAAGUCUCAGGGAAAUCGGUUCACAUUGGUUCGCUCUCACAGCAUGCCGGAAAAUCUGGACAAACUGCAUCGCAAGAAAAACUUACUCAGUCUUAUAGGUUCCGACUCGCUAAGUAUUUCCAGUCACCGUAGCGGCGACGACUCGUCCGAUGAAUCGGAAUACUCGGUAGACUUUUCAUCCAUGCACGAGAAGAGCCAGAGUACUCGGUCCUCCCAGGUGGCACUAGCGACGCUAGACGAGCGUAUUGAAGAGGAGACAAUCUAUGCUGAGGCAUUGUGGGAUCACGUUACCAUGGAUCUCGAUGAGCUGGGGUUCCGUGCAGGUGAUGUUAUUCGGGUCACAGAUCUCGAGGACAAGGACUGGUGGUACGGAGUUGUCGAUCAUAGCCAGGGAUGGUUCCCGGCCGCCUUCGUCAGAAUGCGGGUGAACCAGUGCGACUUCGAUGAAGAUUUCAUCUUUAAUCAUGAGGAGAUCGAAUCUGAGACGAAACUUCACCCACAGACGACCUUCAUCGGCAAGACUCAAGGUCGUACUAAUGUGAUCAACGAAAUCAUCCAGGCAGAGCGCGAUUAUGUGAAACACCUGAGAGAUGUGGUUGAGGGCUAUUUGAAACAAGCUAGAAAGAGACCGGAGAUGUUUCCUGAAUCGAAAGUGUCUGUGAUAUUUGGCAACCUGGAGGAAAUCUACACAUUCGCGAACCGCUUCCUGACCCACCUGGAGAAACACAUCAACAAGGAUGCACCCCACACCAGCGAGAUCGGGCAGUGCUUUCUCAUACAUAGUAAAGGGUUCGAGAUCUAUUCUGACUAUUGUAACAACCACCCUGGGGCUGGUGAUGAACUCAAAGAGCUCUACAGAGUCAAGAAGUUCCGACAUUUCUUUGAGGCAUGUCGACUGCUACAGGAUAUGAUGGAGAUUCCCCUGGAGGGCUUCCUGCUGACCCCGGUCCAGAAAAUCUGCAAGUACCACCUGCAGCUGGCCGAGCUGCUCAAGUACACGCCAGCCGACCAUGCUGACUACAAUCACGUACGGGACGCCGUCGACGCCAUGAAGAACAUCGCCCUGCUCGUCAACGAGAGAAAGCGCAAGAUGGAGAGCAUUGAGAAGAUGGCUGUCUGGCAGUCCACCGUCAUAGACUGGGAGGGUCCAGAUAUUUUGGAAGCGAGCUCGGAACUCAUCUACUCUGGUGACCUCACAAAGGUCAACUCGAACGGCUGGUCGCAGGAGCGCUACUUCUUCUUGUUUGACCAUCAGCUUGUAUACUGCAAGAAGGUGUCGCUGCGGACCCUGCCCACUCAGGUAUCAAUCAUCAGAGUUAUUUUUAACUAA